AUGUUUGCGCACGCCCCAGCACCACAUCUCGCGCGCCCGCCAGCGACGGUGCGCCGCGCCGCCCAAGCAGGCCGCGACAAGGAGAACGCCGGCGUCAACCUGCCCGCCAAGACGCCCAUGCGCGCGCCGCUUGGCGGCGGAGGCGCGCCCUUCAAGCCCGGCACUGCUGGCCCGAGCCGCAUCCUCGGCGGCAAGACUGUCGAGCGCAACGUCCUCGCACCAAAGGGCAGCGGCAGCGCUCCUAUCGAGGAGAUAGAACCCAAGCGUCUCUUCCAGGUGACCAAGACACCCGGCCCCGCACCCCAGCCUCAGCGUUCCCAUCGAACCCCUGCACCUCAGCGCCAGAACACGCUCCGCACGCCAGCGCCCGCCCGCGCCGAGCCGAUCGGCCCAUCCCCUGUUCCUUUGCCAUCGGCGCAGCGUACGCGCCGCCGCUCGCGCUCGCGCCUGUCACUCCAGUCGGCUGGUGGCGGCACCCCCGACAUGUCGUUUAACAAGACGCACCAGUGGGACCAGGAGGUCUCGCUCGACAGUAUCCUCGAGGCCGACGUCGAGGGCGCCCAGUUAGCCGAGAUCCUUGAGUACUAUGGCGAAGACGAGUACGCGAUGCCCACUGCCAAGGACAUGCCCUUUGUGCCCGAGUGGGCAGACAGCAUCCCAGACCCCGUCGCGUCGAUGAAGACACUCGGGGCAAUGCGGCCAAUGUUCUACGCGCCGCUGCCGAGCCCACCGCCAGAUCUUGAGGACGUUGAGUUUAUGCACGUCAAGCUCGUCGACGACGACGAGCUCGAGGACGACCUCUUCCGCCAGCCCAAGGCCGCGCCGAAGCAGUCGACGCGGCCCGUAGCCGGGCGUGGGCCGAGCACCGCGCGUGGUGCUGCUGUGCCCUCGAUCCGUACGACGCGCCCAGCGUCCGCCGCCGCUCCCCGUUUUGGCAGUGCCACCGUGACGCCUUCGCUGAGGACCACGCGCCCGGCGUCGGUCGCGACCACGGCUACCUCGACCACCCGUCCUCUAGUUGCGCGUCCGGCCUCGACGGCCUCGAGCCGCCCAACCACAUCCUCGGGCCGUUCUGCUUCCAUCAGCAUCCCCGUCACCCGCCCACUGGUCAUUGCGCCGCGUACUGGACGCCCGGCCACGACGUUACGCCCACUGGCGACGGCCUCCUCGGCGCGGCAGGCGACGCUCGCCCCUCCGGCUACAUCUCGCUCGCCGUCGAACCCGUCGUCUCCAGCGUCGGACGCGUUCGCGUUCGACUCGGCCGCGUUCGACUUUGACCUCGACCUCGACUUUGAGGCGCUCACGCCUGACCUGACCCCCGACCCGUCCCCCAAGCGUGCCGACUCGGCGACGCUCCCCAUUUUCCGCAACGAGCCGUCCGAGACGCCCACCAUUGACGCCAUGCUCGCCGAGCUCGCCGUUGCCAACUUUAUGGCUGCCGGCGGCGUGUCCAACUUUGAGGCCGAGGGCCUUGCUCCGCUGUCCAACACGCCCGGCGCGGAAAACCACUUUGACCACGUUAGAAACGUGUACGGCGUGGCUGCCCUCGAGGCGGCCCACAUUGCCGCCAACAAGCGCGACGAGCGUCGCUAG